AUGACUACUUCUCUCCUUCCUCAUGACCAAUUAAGCCGCUCCUUGAGCCAGCAAUGGCCAUGUCGUGAGCUACAAAUCCGUCAACUUGCGGCGCUUCUUGGGCCCAAUAUCCCAAGUCCACCCACCCUCGUCCUCUACGGAAUAUCAGCAACAUGCAAAUCAACAAUCACCCGCGCCGUGGUGGGCGCCCUGCAAAUCCCGCAUGCGAUCAUCCGUUGCGUCGAAUGCAUCACGGCGCGUCAUCUGCUCACCAAAAUCCUGCUGGAGACCCUGAAAGCGCUCCAUAUGGAGGGUGAGUGGGAGCGAUUCGGGAAAGGAAAGUGCGAGCACGUUAGCACGUUGUUGAUCCUGUUGACGGAUAUUAUUGAGGUGUGGAAGCAGCGGCGGGACGACGAUGAUAAUGGGGUCAAGAAUAAGGGCAAGCUUGUUCUUGUUUUGGAUGGUAUUGAUAGGCAGCGGGAUGCUUCGCAGAUGCUUCUUGCGGCGUUGGCGAGGUUGGGAGAAAUGAUACCAUCUUUGACUGUUAUCUUGAUUAUGAACACCACGCCUCGUCCGCUCUUCCUUCAGUCUGCCGGUGUUUCGCACAUCACCUUUCCGCCAUACACCCGCAAAGAGGCAAUUCGUAUCAUCACCGCUUCCGGGCCUCCUUCAGCUAUCCAGGGUAUAUCUGAUGAUAUCAUUGACAACGAGCCAUCUUAUUCCAAGAUAUACACGCAGUUCGUGGCAACGGUUUACGAUUCCCUAGUUGGGCCUACCGCUGGCACUAUCCCGUCCUUCAGAUCUAUUUGCGAGAGACUAUGGCCUCGCUUUAUUCAGCCCAUGACGAGCGGUCAGGCCCCGCCGCCAGGUGGCAAUGAAUCAUGGGAUUUCGCCAGACUGCUACUCCGGAAUCGAGCCAUGUUCAAGGUGCAGGGUGAAUCGAUGUUGGUUCAUCAUAUAGUCGUUCCCGAAGAAGAAGAAGAAGGAAAAGACAUCAAAAUGACCAAUGACGAUAACUAUUAUGAUAAGGCAAAAGCUCAAAACAAAAAGGAGAAAAAGAGCUCAUACCCAACGCCAAAACUCCCUUCAUUACCCUACUUCCCAACCCUAGUCCUAACCUCAGCAUACGUGGCAUCCCACACCCCUCAACGACUCGACACCAUCUUCUUCUCCAAGUUCUCAUCCUCGUCCCUAUCCGCACGAAACAAACGCUCCCACCACAGAAGACGCCUAAAAUUACUCUCUCAAGCACAACUCGACGAUGACAAUAACAACAAUGACGACCCUUCAUCAACAUCUACGCCCCGAAAGACUAAAAGGGUGAAAACCAAGAUUACAAAAUCCAUGCUCAGCUCUGCUUUUGAGACUACUUCCGCAACAAUUUCAGGGAGUAGUAGCACCACUACCACAGCUGCUGCUCUUGUAGCGGGACCGUCAUCGUCAUCGUCAUCAACACUCCUAACAGCUCGCCCAUUCACGCUCGAACGUUUGAUAGCAAUCUACCACGCCAUCGACCCUAAUCCGCCUGCAAACGCAUUACAUACCUCCGUCAUGGCGGACUCGAUAUACACUGAGCUUGCGACUUUGCGUCGUUUACGACUUGUUGUUCCUUCCGGUAGCGGCGGUGGCGGUGCUGGAGUUGGAGGGGGGGGCGCUGCUGCCACUAGCGCUGAUGCCGGGGAGAAGUGGUGUAUUAAUGUUUCGGGGGAUUGGAUUGGGGAGUUGGCCAAGGGGAUUGGUGUUGAGGUCGGGGAAUGGUUGGCUGGGGGGUUGGAUUGA